GUAAUUGUCGACUCAAAUGUUUACACAAACUAUUCAUAGUUCGGGUUAUCAAAUUAUCUUUCCAUCACUAUUUCUUCACUAGUACUGUAAAGGAUGCUACGCGUUACGUUUUCACGCCCAUACUUCAAGACUACCGUAGCAUGUGCGUGUAGUGACACACAAACCUUUUCCUUUUCCCAGCGUUUUGAGAAACUCUUGAAGGAUCCUCAAAGCCCUUUAAAUUCUCAAGAAUAUGUUUUAAUGAGGGAAUGUUUAACUAAGUACCGCACGUUACAACGAAUUUAUUCGGUAAAACAAACAGACAUCGAGCGAGCACGUGCCGCAGCACACGUAUGCGGUCUCGAAUUCACAAAGCGACGACACCCUCCAGGCGCCGGCACCGGGACUCAAUAGUUUCACGUAAAAUCUACGCGUUACUUUUUAUCGGGUUCUUUCAUGGUUCAAAACCUCUUGACACGUGUUUGACGUCUUAGUCCAAGAAAGAAUCAAUUAACGUUUGAUUAGUGUUAGAUAUACGGGAGGAGGGGGUGCCAGUAAAUUUGAAAAUUAGAGUUGCUUGCAUUUUUUGCGUGUUGUGAAAGAAAAAUGUUGUCUUCUUACAUGCCUUUUUAAACCUGUCCAUAUAUUUUUUGUGCGUGUGCAUACACUCUUGAGAUAUGUUUCUUGGCAAUAUGUAACACGCACACUGAGUUUUAUGUUCUGAAGUUAUUAGUGGGAAGAGGCUAUGUGUAACUCAUUACCAAUUUGAACGGUUAUGCACUUUCUUUCGAGUGUUUCCAUUCUAUGCCUAUUGACUAGCGUAAGUAUAUUUUAAUAUCCACCUAUCUGUUUAAAGCCAAUCUACAUCUAGCCUAUUUAAAAAUAAAUUAUUGUUGCUGAUCAAUUUGGUUUGUGAAUAAUCUAAUCUUACU